CCGCAGCCGGAGAGAGGGCCGCCCGCCCACAGCCCAGGCGCCUGCUCAGCUCCCACCUCUGGAGGGCUCUGGAGGGCGGCUGCUCUGCUUGGCCAAGGCGGCUCCCUCCCCCCCCCCAGCCCAGGGGGCCUUGCGCAGGCCGCCUCCUCUGACCCGGAGCCCGGAGAGCAGCAGGCGGGGGGGGUGGCGGGACAAAGGUCUCCUCCUGCUGCUGCUGCUGCUGCUGGCAGACCUCGGCACAGCUGCCCUGCCCCCCCCCCGGUGGACCUUUGAACCCCCCCUCCCCAUAGCUCAAAGGAAGAGGGAGGAAGCAGAAGCCCGGCGGGUGGCUGCUGCACUGGCCACACCUGCCCCCCCCACCAUGCUCUGGGGCUUCUUCUCCUACCUGGGCUCCUGGCUCCCCGGCUCCCCCAGCCUGGCCUGGGGCUCCGGCCUGCUGGACUCCCUCUUGCAGGGGCUGGUGGGGGCUUGCGCCGUCUCGGUGCUGUGCAGCCUGGUGAAGAUCUACCUGUACAUCCAGUGCCUGAAUGACCCCGACCAGCAGGAGCAGAAGGAGGCCAUCCGCACCCAGCGGCCGCUCCUCGACCAGCUGCAUCUCUGGGUGCUGACCGGGGUCUUCACGGUGGUGGGGCACCGCGUGGCCGCCCUGGUGGUGCUGGAGUUCACCCUCCGGGCCGUCUCCACACUCCUCUCCCUCAACAAGGGGGCCCGCAGCAGCCAGCUCUACCUGCUCUGCCAGUUCUCCCUGGGGUGCGGCGUGUCCUGCAGCCUCAGCUUCCUGCAGGAGGGGGCCCCCCACCGGACCUGCAACCUGCUGCUCAGCGUGGGGCUGGCCGCCCUCCUGGCCCGCUGCGCCCAGCGCCUGGCCAGCCACCUCUUCGCCAUGUACGAGCUGCACUCCCGGGAGCGCUACUGCGGGGUCUGCCUCUCCCUGCUGACCGCCUGGCACGGCAUCCCCCGCCUGCUCAGCAACGCCCUCAAGGCCGCCUUCCUGGUGGCCGACCUGGCCGCCGUGGCUCUCAUCAACCAGGACUUCCUCACCACCUCGGAGGCCGUCCGCUUCUGGACCCCGCUGACCAUCUGCUACACCCUCCUGGUCAUCUACAUGCAGGAAGAGCAGCGGCAGAACCCCACGCAGCAGAUGGCUUACCAGACGGUCUUCGUGAGGAUGGGGGGGCUCCUGAUCCUGCUGAUGACCGUGGGGCGCUGGGUGGACAUCGUGAACGUCUUCGUCUCGCUGGUGGGGGAGGUCUGGUGCCUGGCGCGGGUGCGAGUCAUGCUGGAGAUCUGCAGGAAGCAGGAUUACUCCCCAAGAUCACCUGACCCGGCUUCUGUCCCCCGGCAACACCCAAGUCCGCGUGAAGAUCGUCCCUCCAAAUCCCAGCCGACAGCAGCAUCCGGAAGCGGCGGAGAGGAGCCGUGGAAGGCGCCGGUUUCCUCCAGAGACUGUCCGUGAGGGCAGCAGGGGCUGCUCGGAUGGGUCCAGGCCUCGGUCGCUCUGCCUUGAGCCCCAGACUCUGUCCUGGGAGCAGCAGUGGGCCCCACGGCCUCUGGGUCUGACCCAGAGAGAGGCUGCCAAGAGGGAGGAGGGGCCCUUCCGGCCGCCCCCCCCCCGGCCAUGGCAGCAGCAGCAGCCGCCACUUGGUGGGGAGGGAUUCACGAGGAGCGCAGAAGGGGCUGCUCUGGGGGGCACUCCUGUCUCUGGCCCCCCACAGAGUUGGGGGGUGUCUCUCCCGCCGUGAAUCGCGCUCUCCUGGGGUGGCGGGAGGGGGCAGCCCCUUGGCCCUGCAUCUCUGCUGGACGCUGGCGCUCCCCGGCCUGCAGGCAAAGGCGGAAGCACGGAGGGGGGGGGGCCCUCAAGCCAAGGCGUCCUGGGAGUGGAAGGAGCUGCCCCACUGCUCCCAGGCAGGGCGGCUGGGAGGGCAGCCCUAGACCUGGCGUUGGGGGAGCCAGGAGGGCCGGGUGGACUUCCGGCUGCAUCCGCAGCUCUGGCCGAGGGCAACUGCCCUCUUCCCCCUGGCUGGAGGGGCCCGGCCAGGCCCAGCCGCCUGGCGCGCGGAGAGGGGUCCAUGGGGGCCGCUCGCUCGCUCGGUGAGGCGGCUUCUGGGUCUGCCCUUCGGCUUCGGCUUCGGCCUUGGCGGCCUCCUCACCCCACGGCCCUGGAGGGCUCCCUGCCGGCCGGCCACCCUCCUCCUGCUCUUGGGAACGACUCUGGGAACCAAUAAAGCUGAGGGGAAAUUCA